CGCCAUAGGACAAUUUUGCAGAUUUUUGUGUUAGCCAGCUAGGCCCAUGCAAAUAGUAUGAAAGGGCACCAUACAGUUUAACUAGGCAUUUAAUUAAAAAUAUAUCAUACAAUUCCAGUAAUAAAGCAUAUUUCUGUAUCAGCAUGCAAUAACGUCCUAUUAUGUCGGCGACAAGCACUACUGGCUGCUGGCGCUGCCUGGAUGAAUAAGGCACCACGUCCAACACAUCCAUCCUUCCUCCAUGCCUCCGUCCUGUCGUCUGGGGGGUUGUAAAUGAGCCGGGCUGUGAGAAGUCCUCCUCCCGACCCCCUCUGCCACCGCUACCUGCGCUCAAACCACCGCCGCCGUUACUGCUAAGCUGGAGCCGGCUGGAGAACGACAGGCCCGGAUUGAGGCUCGGAUGAUCCAGCCAGCUUUCAGACGAGUAUUAGAGCAGACAGGGAAGAGUAAGUAAGGUCCCUGGAGGGCUCCAGUGGCCGCAAGGCCCCCACGAGUCUGGAAGAGGGCCCUGCUCUCCCCUUUGAUUCUCCAGCCCUUGAGAUGCCCUCUCCCCCCAACGAUGGAGAGGAUCAAGCUGCGCCCCCCGUGAGCAGGCCAUCACCUGGUCCCUACCAGUGCAGCGGCAGGAGGAAGAUCCACACCAAGAAGAAGAAGGGCACCAUCAACGCUAACAUGGCAGGCACCAAAUACGAAAUUGUGCGUAUAGCCAUCAGUGAAAUGGCCUUUCUGAAAACCAGGGAUGAGGAUGAAACAGCCAACCUCAUCUGGAAUGACUCUGCUGUGCAGCAUGAGAAAAUCGCUGAACUCAGGAACUAUCAGAGAAUUAACCAUUUCCCCGGAAUGGGCGAGAUUUGCCGCAAAGACUGCCUGGCAAGGAACAUGUCCAAAAUGAUCAAGUGCCAGCCUCAGGAAUACAGCUUUGUUCCCAAAACAUGGAUCUUCCCGGCGGAGUACACCCAGUUCCAGAACUACGUGAAGGAGCUGCGGAGGAAACGCAAGCAUAAGACGUUCAUCGUGAAGCCCGCCAAUGGAGCCAUGGGUCACGGAAUCUCACUGAUUCGGAACUGUGAGAAGCUCCCAGCCCAGGAUCACUUUAUUGUUCAGGAGUAUUUGGACAAGCCCUUUCUAAUGGAGGGUUACAAGUUUGACCUGAGGAUCUACAUCCUGGUUACUUCCUGCGACCCCCUGCGCAUCUUCCUCUACAACGACGGCCUGGUGAGGAUGGGCACCGAGAAGUACAACGCCCCCAGCGAUGCAAACCUGAGUCAGCUGUACAUGCACCUGACCAAUUACUCUGUAAACAAACACAACGAGAAUUUUGAGAGAGACGAGACGGCGGACAAAGGCAGUAAGAGGUCCAUCGGCUGGUUCACAGAGUUCCUCCGCACCAACGACUACGACGUAGCCAAGUUCUGGGGGGAUGUUUCCGAAUUGGUGGUGAAGACUCUGAUCGUGGCUGAGCCUCACGUCUUGCACGCUUAUCGCAUGUGUCGCCCCGGGCAACCACCAGGGAGCGACAGUGUCUGCUUCGAGGUGCUGGGCUUUGACAUCAUCCUGGACCGCAAACUCAAACCCUGGCUCCUAGAGAUCAAUCGAGCUCCGAGUUUUGGGACUGAUCAGAAGAUUGAUUACGAUGUGAAGAAAGGAGUUCUGCUCAAUGCUCUGAAACUGCUUAAUAUCAGAGCCAGCGACAAGAAGCGUAACUUGGCCCAGCAGAAGGCAGAGGCCCAGAGACGCCUCUACGGCAAGGGCUCCAUGAAGAAGCUGUCUGCCGCCUCCUCCGACUGGGAGAAACAGCGGCACACACUGGAAAGGAGGAAAGAGGAACUGAAGGAGAGACUGUCCCAGGUCCGUAAGCAGAUCUCGAGGGAGGAGCACGAGAAGCGACAUCUGGGGAACUACAGACGUAUUUACCCCCCAGAUGACAAGCUGCUGUUGGAGAAGUAUGAAAGCCUGCUCUCAGCUGCCUUUCAGACCUUCCUUGCUGGCCGAGCAGCCUCACUUCAAAAGGAAAUGAAUAAUCCUCUGAAACGAAUGAAGGAGGAGGACAUAUUGGAUCUCCUGGAGCAGUGUGAGCUGGACGAUGAGAAGCUGACGGGCAAAUCCUCCAGGCAAAGAGGCCCCAAGCCCCUCUCCUCCAUGCCCGAGAGCGCCCUGACACCCAGGAAACAGCACGGCGGAGGAGACAGCGACAGCAACUCCAGCGCCAACAACAACAGCUCCUCUGGCUCCGAAGACGAGGAAGAGAGGGAGGAGAGGAGAGAAGGGGAGAAGAGGGAGAAGAGGGUUUUGUACGACCUGGGAGAGAACAAGGAUAAAUCAUCGUCAGAGCGCUCGGGUCGGGUACACUGGAAGUCUCCAAUGAAACCCCUCAAACCAGGUCCCUCCGCCUCCCCAACACUCUCUGGACCAAUCAGACGCUCCAUCUCCUGCCCACGUUCUAUCUCCUCCCUCACGACCCAGUCGCCCACCAAUGAGGCACGGAUCUCCCUAGCCAAACACUCAGUUCCUUCGGCCACGCCCCUGGUGAGGCCAAACUCCGCCUACCUACGCUCUCAUUCGCUCAGCCGCAGUGGCUCCGCCCACAGAGUGCCACACAGCAGCAGCCUGGGCACAAUCCACUCUAACAUGAGCGAGCCCGUGCUGAACCUGAGGACUAAGGAGCAGGACACUGAGCUGACAAGGCAGAGUUUGGCUGCCCUCAACACAAUGAGAAUACGCUUCCCCGGGAAGACAGAGGAGGAGGCCGACGCCGUUCUGGACGAGAUACUAGACAACUGGAAAUACCACAAACCAAAGGUGGCCUCCUAUUGGCUGGUAAAGUUGGACUCUACCAAACAAAGAAAGGUUCUGGACAUUGUACGUACCAACGUGCGCUGUGCGCUGCAGAGGAUCUGGAAAGAGCCGGACGUGGAGAGUUUACACCUGUACCGUCUCUUCAACCGCGUCUUCAACAGGCUACUGUGGAGUCACGGCCAAGGCCUGUGGAACUGCUUUUCCAACACUGGGUCUUCGUGGGAGACCAUCUUCAGUAAGAGCAGUGAGGUGGUGACCCCCCAGCAGCUGCAGUGCUGUAAGAGGCUGGUGCAGCUCUGCCGACACUGUUUACUGGUCGUCUACAAGUUUGUUUCAGAGUCCAGGGGCUCCCUCACAGGCCUGAGUCCCGAAUGGGACGACACCAGAAAUCGACUCGCCCACGUCCAAUUGUGCUCUCUGGCUGACCCCACUCACUGCUCUGCCCCUGAACCCACCUCUGGUAUCUGCUGCCAGUGACCUCCCAGUUCGUAAUGAAGUGGCCUUCGUCCAGCUUCGGUCGAGUGUCCUCGGCAGCCAUGCCCCGCUCGCGUAGCCUCUUCACCACCAGGAUGGGGCAGUUCUGAGGUGGUCACGCGUCUUGGACCGCACCUGACCCCUUACCCCUUACCCCCCCCCCCCCCCCCCGCGCACCACCACCUACCAUCCAACCAGCAGCCAACCAAGCACCACCCUCAACCCAGAUCCCUGCCGAGGUGAGAGGGCUGAACUUUGGACUCUGGACUUUGACCAAGGCCCUGGGGGCAGCCGAGCAAGACCAGAGCAUAUGGGGGAGAUUAACAGCCGCGUCGAACUCCAGUCCAGUUUGGCUUUGACAAGCCCACUUUAUCCCAGACAGUCCUGGCCCAGCCCAGCUCAGUCCAGCCAUCCUACUUUACCCAUGAUUUGGGCCCCGCUCCUAUCAGUGUCAGACAGUAGGUCAGUUCCACUUGUAGGUUGACCUGCUGGCUCCUGAUUUUCUUAUUCCUCUCUAUCUUUUCCCCUGUGACCUGUUUUUCUCUCUUUCCUCUCUCUGCUUCUCUACAUCUCUUUUAACCCCAUCCCCUUGUACCUGCUGUUGUAUACCUGAUCACUAAACAGUUACAUGUCAUGGUACUGUAAAGGGGAAGAAACAAAAUACUUUACUCAACCAGGAUUGUUAAAAUGUAUUUUGUAAGAUAUUCCAUGAAUGCAGUGAAUGCAGUCCGCCGAAUGCAGAUGGAAUGAGAUUAACAAACUAUCCCUUCUUCGAGAAAGUGAAAAAAAACGAAAAAAAAAACGUAACAAAGCUCAUUUUUGCUGGUUAUGGCAAAUGCUAAAUAUUUUUUGGUGCUGUCGGUUAUUUAUUUAUUUAUUUAUGUAUUUAACUUAUUUCAGAUGCUUUAUUUUUUUUGUCAACAACCACUCUGUUUAAAUAAAUUUAGCCCAAUGUGCAGAGAAGUGCCGAGAAAAGCUUACUUAAAUAAACAUUUGCUGACUUUUUUUGUGUUGAACAUGAGCACACAUAGAUACCCAUGGAUACUCAAACUUUAACCUAAAGCCACCCAAAAAUUUCACCCCUGGUGAAUUUGUUGACUUUCACAUAAAAAGGUAAUUGAAAUUAGGCCAGGCAGUUUAGAAGGUAAGAUAGUUUUGCAUGCUUAGAUUAUAGUCCCUAACCCAGAAACAGUUUAUAGACAACUGAAUACAGGAAAUACUUGAAUUUUUUGUUAUUGUGUCAUAGUUUUUUUUGUACUUUUUAUUUUUUUUAAUAGAUACACUCACACAAGUCUGAAGUCUUAAUUACAUGUUUUGUAUCAUAAAACACAUGGCUUGUACAGAAAAUGAUUGAUGGUGAGUGUUUACCUGAGGUGGAGGUUGAAGAUAACGUGGUUGAAAUGUAACCCAGUUGUAGCAUACCGCACUGCUAACUGCAGGGCUUUACCUCUCAGACAUGGAACUAUCGCACAGUGUUUUAGCAGCUGUGGUUUAUUUCCCCAACGCCAGCCCUGCACGUCCAAGUGCCAGUGAGAGAACAGCUAUGUGCCAAGACUCCAGCAUAUCCACUAAUGUCUUCAACUGGUCCUUUAAUUAAGGUGCAAAUGUGAUCAAGUAUGGUAGAUCCUCGAUAAGUAGGUAUUUCAAUGUUAAAUAGGGAGAGACAGUCAGUGUUACGAUGUUUUAGGAUAGACUGGGCUCGCAUGUAAUUUAUUGGUUAAAGUUUUCGAGGUGAUAGUUUACAUAUAACUAUGAUACAGUAAACCAAUUACAAUAAUAAAACUGAUUUAAUAGCUAAAAAUGCUGUGCUAAAAUGCUGAUCUACUGUUCCCUAUACUGAUCAUCAUUUCACAAUGCCAAAUCUCUUAUUUUGCCAGAAUUUAUUUGCAUUAGUUCAGAGUAAUAUUUUUUUUUUUCAUUUGAGGUAGGGAUCUUUGUUUCCAUAGCAAUAAAAUCCUUAAAAUUAA